AGCGCUUGAGCUGGCGACAGGUGUGGCCAAACGCGUAUUGUCAACCACCAAAUCCUGUCAAGCUGGAAAAACUGCUCGGCUCCAUUCGCACACCCUUUAAACACUCAACAAUCAUAACAUCAGUUUGUUGUCCGCAUACCGCGAGCGAGCGACGGGGGAACUCUCCGCCAAAAUGAGCAAAAUCUCGAAAUUCUUCAAGGGGAGUUCGAGCUCCGGCUCGUCGUCGGGGAGCAAGUCCAAGCACCACCACCGGUCCAAGGGGGGGCCCUCUCCCCAGGAGGCCAUCCACAAGCUCCGGGAGACCGAGGACAUGCUGAGCAAGAAGCAGGACUACUUGGAAAAGAGAAUAGAGCAGGAACUCAUCAUAGCCAAGAAGCACGGCACGAGAAAUAAGAGAGCCGCCCUCCAGGCCCUGAAGAGGAAGAAGCGGCUGGAGCAGCAGCUGACGCAGAUCGACGGCACGCUCUCCACCAUCGAGUUCCAGCGGGAAGCGCUGGAGAACUCUCACAGCAACACGGAGGUGGUGAGAAACAUGGGCUACGCCGCCCAGGCCAUGAAGAAGGUCCACGAGAGCAUGGAUCUGAACAAAAUAGACGAUCUGAUGGAGGACAUCAACGAACAGCAAGACGUGGCCCGCGAGAUCAACGAAGCCAUCUCCAAACCAUACGGCGAGACUUACGACGAGGAUGAGCUGCUGGCCGAGCUGGAGGAGCUGGAGCAGGAGGACUUGGACAAGAACCUGCUGAGCAUGGGAGGACUUCCCUCGGUGCCCAGCGCCAGGCUGCCCUCGGUUCCAUCAGGCCACGUGGCUCACCGCGCAACGGCCAGAAGACGGGCUGAAGAGGAAGAUGACAUGCACAUGCUGGCCUCGUGGGGAUCAUAAAAUUUAUUUUUUGUUCUUUUUUUCAGAAGGGGUUGGGUUGAGGCUUUGACAGAUUUAGCUGUUUUAGUUUCCCAGGGGGAUUUUAAACUAUUGGGAGCGCGUCAUGUUCCCUAUCUGUUCAUCGAGCAGUCGCCAUGUCGCACCGAAGGAAAUAGUUACUGCACUUCCUGUCGCUUUUGUUUUGUCUUUCAUCUUCAGAUUUUAUCAGAAUUGUCUGCAAGCAACUAAUUGAAGGAUUUCCAUCACUGAGAAGGUCAAACUCCGCCCUUGAAGUCAAACAGCUGUAGAUAAACUCAAAGCUGCAUUGUAAAUAUUUUUUGCUUUUAUGUUCAACUAUAAUAAAAGACAUUGUCCUACA